UCGGCAAUAUACUGUAGAAAUGCAUCGAGUAGGAGUUGAUCAUAUUAUAAAAUAAUAAUAUACCACCUUUAAUAGUAGCGUUUCAGUAGAAAAUCAACGCAAAAUGUUUCAACUACUAUUGUUAUUCAGCUUUUUUAUGCCACUUUCUUCUGAAAUAUUUUCGUCCAUGGCAAAAGUAAAGGAUGUGCUGGAACUUGUUCAGGACUAUGACGUUAAAGUGGAAUUCUUCGACAACUACAUAAGAGCUCAGGAGCAGUAUCUUGAAUAUCUCAGCCAAAUUCUGGAGGUCGCUGAAAACAUUGACCAGCUCUUAUCGAAGGACCUGAGUCCGGAACAUCCCGCUGUUGCAUUCAGGUACUUCCACGACAUGAACGUUAUACACAGACUUAAGAAUAAGGUAGAUGUGUUCUUGGACGAGGAAAGAAAUAAUAUGCAGUUCGAUUCCAAAGAGCUGCGUGAUUUUGUUGCCGAACUACCAACGGAAGAGGAUCUGAACGGAACUGCUUUAGGGAUCACAAGAUUGAAGGCUACCUAUAAAAUAAACGUUUCUGAUAUCGCAAAUGGUGUUAUCGCAAACCGACCAUCCCGUCCGUUGACAUUGCCAGAAAUUUUAGAUAUGAUACAGUACACAUAUAUCAAUUUCGUAGAGGUAAAAGGCGGAAACAUCCUUAAAUUUGGUCUAGAUAUGUUAUAUUAUUUAGACAGAACAUGGACACAGUUAACAGAAAAAGAAAUGGUGGAUAUUUUAACGUUACAAUUAAAGAUAUUGUCCUUUGGAGGCUGUAUCUGUACUCAUGAAUAUAAGCACUUACUCUCAAGUUUGAUGCUGCUGGACCCUAAAGUAGACGAUCCUUCAAAUACAAACUGUAUUUCUUUAACGCGUACACCCGGCUGCCAAUAUCAUCGGGAGGAAUUUGCAUUGGAUCGAAUUUUUGAAACCUUUUACAAGCUGUGUCGGAAUGAAGCGGUUAAGCCAAUCGCUGCUGUGGCGCCCUACCUUUCCCAACAAAGACAUCUUGUCUGCAAAUAUGUCCACAAUAACCAUCCUUAUAUUAUUCUUCAACCUGUGAAGAUAGAGUAUCUGAAUGAAAAUCGACCUACAGUGGCCAUUUUGCAUGAUGUUGUGUCCCGGAGGGAGCGCACGGAUCUUCGAUUACAUGCACUAGACUUUUUGAAGAGAGCAACAGUGACAACAAAGAAAGGUCAGGUGCCGAGUCCAAACAAAAUCAGCCAAACAAUGCUUGUCAAAAAUGCAAUUGUAAAUAAAUAUUUUCCUCGUUUCCGUCAGCGCCUUGUAGGUGUGACUAAACUUGCUUCAGGAAGCUUUGAGAGCAUACAAGUCGGGAACUACGGCCUUGGUGGCGGCUAUAACAUUCAUCUUGACUUGCUUUUUCCGGGCGUAAAACACAACUUUACAGACACAACGAAUAAUCGCUUGACCACGAUGGUUACAUAUCUUACUGACGUCGAGAACGGCGGGGCCACCGUGUUUCCUGAUUUAGGAUUACGUGUUCGUCCACAGAAGGGCAGUGCUCUGAUGUUCUUUAACCUGUUUCGCAACGGCACAUCCAAUAACUUUACUAAGCAUGCGUCCUGUCCUGUUCUGUACGGGGAUAAAUGGAUAGCCAACCAAUGGGUUCUACGGAAUGGUCAAGAGUUCGCGUACAAGUGUGAUCUCUCGAACGAGUGGUAACUGUUUUUGAGAUGAUAAACUUACUAUAUUGAUGUGUGUGCGUAUGUGGAUGUUUGUUUGUUGUCCGGCGCAAGUUGAAAAUGUUCGUGUCUCGAAGUAUCAAUAAUCUUACAUCAGAUUAAACUGCGAGGUGAAAAGAGACACACUAUUUGUAUAGUAUAGAAUUUGCCUCUUGUUCAUUGGACACUCUUUGAAACACAUCCAUUUAACUGAAGGGUGGUUUUAAAAGACAAGGUUUACAGUAUGCUUAAAUGGAUUCACCACUAAAACUUAAAACUGAUUUAAAUAUUGCUAGUUAAUACUAUACCAUUAAACCAAGAUUAAGAUAGCGUAGAUUGUCAGUAGUAUAUAAAUAUGUGACGAAUUUCAGAACAUAUAUACGAUGACUCAUGUUUUAAUGAAUAAACUGCAAUGAAACCA